AUGAACCGCUUGUACAUUCUUAUUGCCGUACUACUCACCAUUGCGCAGUGGUGCAAAGCAAGCAGUGAGAGUGAAUUUGACCAUGAACAGGAACACGGUGGACACGGAAACGGACAUCACUUUCCUGCUAAACGUUUUCCCGCAGUGGCAGCAGCAGCUCCUCUGUUCUACUACGGGUACGGGUACCCAUACUACGGCUAUGGUCUUAUCCCAUUUAAGAAUCGCAAGAGGGCAGCACGCAGAAGGAAGGGCUCGCACAAGAUUUAG